GACGCGUUUUACCGUUCAUGUUGUAUAAGUUCCACAGCACGGGAAACAGCAUUUCUUUAAUAAGAGAAUAAAAACAAUCAAGACCCAACACACGCAAAAGUGUGUUCAGCAAACGCGCGCGCCCCGGGUGAUGAGCGUGACUUUGGAUUACUGCCUCAGUAGAUCGCGCGACACCAUGGAAAGUUUGGAGAGGCAGCUCAUUUGCCCCAUUUGCCUUGAGAUCUUCACCAAACCGGUGGUCAUUUUACCGUGCCAGCACAACCUCUGCCGCAAAUGUGCCAACGACAUCUUUCAGGCCUCAAACCCCUACCUACCCACACGGGGAGGCUCUUCACUGGGCUCCGGCGGCCGGUUCCGCUGUCCCUCCUGCAGACAUGAAGUAGUUCUGGACAGGCACGGGGUCUAUGGCCUGCAGAGGAACCUGCUGGUGGAGAAUAUCAUAGACAUGUACAAACAGGAGUCCAGCAGCAGUAAACCUGAGCCACAAGUGAAGGAAGAGGUGCUGAUGUGCGAAGAGCAUCAGGACGAGAGGAUUAAUAUCUACUGCGUGACGUGCUCUGUUCCUACUUGUUCGCUAUGCAAAGUGUUCGGGAGUCAUCAGACCUGUGAGGUCGCUCCACUUAAAUCUGUCUAUGAGUCCCAGAAAACAGAGCUGUCCGAUGGCGUUGGCCUGUUAGUUGGAAACAAUGACAGAAUUCAGGGAAUUAUCAGUCAGCUAGAGGAAACCUGCAGAUCUGUGGAGGAGAACGGUCGCAGGCAGAAGUCUCGUGUUUGCGAGUGGUUUGAUCGCCUGUAUGCUCUUCUGGAAGAACGCAGAGGAGAUCUAACGCUGAAGAUCACAGCAGAACAGCAGGAGAAGCUGGAUUAUAUCAGUGGCCUACAGCGCAAGUACAGAGAGCAUCUGGAUAACUCAGCUAAACUAGUGGAGACAGGAAUUCAGACAAUGGAGGAAUCUGAAAUGGCUAUCUUCCUGCAGAACACGAAGCCUCUGCUACAACAGAUUGCAGAAAGCCGGAAUGUGUCUCACUUAGAGAAGGUUGAGCGUGGAUAUGAAAACAUGGAUCAUUUCUCUGCAAACUUCCAGUCGGAGCGAAGAGCAAUCCUCAGUAUAGACUUUAUCAAGGAUGGGGACGACAAUGAUGAGGAUGAGGAUGAUGAUGAAGAAAUAACCGUAAAUCCUGAGGCAUCUUCAGGAGCCGCACCUGCCCCAGUUCAGCAGAGACAAACCCCCGUGCCAAAUCCUUCACCAAUGGCAGCUGACUCUGUCCAAAUGUCAUUAAAGCCCAGCCAAUCAGCAAACACAAAUCCGACAGAGAACACGCCCAUAGUUACACCCACUCCAGACUCCACUCACAUCCCUUCCGCAGAUGCACAAGCACAGGUAACAUCCGGUCCCGGCCAGACAUCUGAUGAUGGACAACGCCACGUUUUCUCUUUCUCUUGGUUAAAUAUGCCAAAGUAACCCAAGACUAAACCUGAUAAACCUGCAACACUACAGUUAACCUUCCAGAAAAGCCUGAUGUACAUCAAAAUGAAUAUUGUAUUUCUUUUCCAACAAUAAUUAUACAUUAAAUAGCUAGAUAAGAAUAAAAAAAACAUUUCUUUCUGAAGUAGAGGACUAAAGUGCAAAAUAAAUGAUGAAUAAGUGAA